UAUGUCUGAAGCAUACAAAAAAUAGAAGAUAGAUUCAUUUGAUUAUUAUGAUCCUCCAGAGAAUUAUUAACCACCUGUAUAAUAAUUGGAUUAGAGCAAAGUGAUUGAGGCAUACAAAACUUUGAUUAUGUUGAAAAAUCAUAUGUUUAAAGUGAAUCUUCUACUUUCUCAUGAGGAAGAGAAUUCAACUAUAGCAGAAUUAAAAAAUAUUAAAGAUGAACUCUUAUUAGCAAAAGAGGCACAAGAGAAAGAAAUAGCAUCAUUAUAAAAAACAUAAGACAAUUUAUUUAGUGUAAAUAGACUCAAUGGUGAAGACAUUGAUAAAUUAGCCAAAGCAUACCAUGAAUAAGAUAGAAAAUGGUAUAAUGCAAAGCUUAUUUAAAUUGAUACAGAAGAAUAAGAAGCAGACAUCUAAUUUAUUGGUUAUUAAGAAGUAGUGAAAAUGCAUGCCAUUUUUAUUAAAGUUCAACCUAUUCCAGAUAAUAAAUUAUUUACAGUAGGAUAAUAAUGUGAAGCAAUAUAUUCUUCAGAUGGUCGAUAUUAUUUAGGAACAAUCGAAAAAGUAACAGAAGAAGGAUAUCAUAUAAGAUUUAAGAAAAAUUCAAAUAGAGAAAUUGUACCUUUGAUUUAUUUGAGGGAAGCUAAGAAAUAGUUAAAUGAUUCUAAAAAAAUGAAUUUUGAAGAAAUGGAUGAAUUUUAAGUACCAGAUAAUUUAAAAUAUCUACCAACUGACAAUGAAUAACAAAGAUAAGCUAAAAAGAAGAAAAUAAAAGCAAUGAAACAAACAUUUAAAUUAUCUAAAAUUACUAAAUAUGCUCAAGAGAAAUAAUCAUCUUGGUAGUCUUUCAGCUAAAAAAUUUCAACUCUCAAACCAGAUCUUGGAUAAAAGGCAGAAACUAUUUAUAGAUAAAAAUGUGAUUAGUUGAAAGAAUGA